AUGUCUACAUCCACCGAGCUCUUCGAACAGACACGAAACACCGGUCAAUUUGUAAAAAGAGCCUAUAUUAUCAGAAGUGAAUUCGUCAACCCUAGCCUUUUCGACGACGUCAUCAAGGAACACCGAGACUACUUGGAAGAACUGGCCGCCAAAGGCAAGCUUUUGGCUGCUGGACCCUUUGUACCUGGCGGGUUGGAGAGUAAAUAUAGUGGAGUGGGCAUGAUUGUCGUGUAUGCCGAUUCUGAAGACGAUGCUAGGUUCAUAGCAGAGGAAGACCCGAUGCAUCGAAAAGGCGUGCGCAAGUUCACAAUUGAUUUCUGGCUUAUUAAACAUGUUGCUCAGUCUCAUAAGGAAAUCCUGCAGCAUUGAGGAAGUAUGCUUAGUCGGUCAUACGCUGCGCCUAUGGCCACGAGCAGAGUCGGACGUCUUAACGUCGUCGGUAGUCUGACCGAGAAUGGGGGGUCAUUUCACUUCUAGCAUAUAUAGUGGGGA